UACUGGGAUCUUAACAUUUGGAUAGCAGGCAUGUCAUUAAAAUCCUUUUGUAAGCUAAUAGUUGGCAGUGUGCUUCUGGCUAUGGCAGUUCCUGGUUUAGCUGUUCUUCCUCCACAAUUUUUUUAUCUGACUGAAGCUGGAUUGAUCGGCCAUGCAUUGUUGUUGUGCUAUAUUGAGAACAAUUUUUUCAACUACUCAAAUGUGUACUACUAUGGGAUGGAUGAUGAUGUGAUGUACCCGAGUUAUAUGGUUGUCUUGACUACUUUUGCGGGUCUGGCCGUUGUCAGGAGACUUUCUGUGGACCGGAGAAUUGGAUCAAAGGCAGUUUGGGUUCUGAUUUGUCUCUAUUCUGCAAAGUUAUCUAUGCUUGUUAUGGCUUCAAAGAAUGUGUUGUGGGUUUCAGCUGUUCUAUUGUUAGCAGUAUCUCCUCCGUUGCUGCUUUAUAAGGAUAAAUCUAAAUCAUCAGCGUCAAAGAUGAAACCUAUUAAUGGUUAUGCACAUGCUGGUGUGGUUGCUUUGUCAGUCUGGUUUUGUCGCGAAACAAUAUUUGAAGCCCUUCUGUGGUGGUAUGGAAGAGCUCCAUCUGAUGGCUUGCUUUUGGGUUCUUGCAUUCUCUUAACAGGCUUAGCUUGUAUACCAAUUGUCGCUCUGCACUUCUCCCAUGUCAUGGCCACAAAAAGAUACUUGGUGUUGGUCUUAGCAACUGGUCUGCUAUUCAUCAUGAUGCAGCCUCCAAUUCCUCUAGCAUGGACUUAUCAUUCUGAUCUAAUUAAAUCCGCGCGUCAAUCUGCCGAUGAUAUUUCCAUAUAUGGCUUCAUGGCUUCAAAGCCCACAUGGCCAUCAUGGUUGCUUAUUGCAGCUAUCCUUCUCACUCUGGCUGGUGUCACCUCUGUUAUACCAAUAUCUUACAUUGUUGAGUUGAGGACAUUUUAUGCCAUUGCUGUGGGAAUUGCUCUUGGCAUUUAUAUAUCUGCAGAGUAUUUUCUUCAGGCAGGAAUUCUGCAUGCCCUCAUCGUUGUUACCAUGGUUUGUGCAUCUAUAUUUGUGGUUUUCACUCAUCUACCUUCCUCUUAUAGCACCAAGUUCUUGCCCUGGGUGUUUGCUCUGAUUGUGGCCCUAUUUCCAGUAACAUAUUUACUGGAGGGUCAGGUGAGAAUUAACAAGACUUGGCUAGGAGAGAUUGUUGCUGAAGAUAUGGCUGAGGAGAAUAAGUUUGCGACAUUACUUGCUGUUGAGGGUGCAAGGACGUUUCUUCUUGGUUUAUAUGCUGCAAUCUUUAUGGUUAUAGCACUUGAGAUAAAGUUUGAGUUGGCUUCACUUAUCCGUGAAAAGUUUAUGGAAAGAGGUGGACUUCGGCACAGUCAGUCAGGUGAAAGCAGUUCAGCUAUGGUGCCUCCUAGACUGAGAUUUAUGAAGCAGCACAGGGUCUCGACUAUGCCAGCAUUUACUACAAAGCGGAUUGCUGCAGAAGGAGCUUGGAUGCCUGCAGUUGGUAAUGUUGCCACUGUAAUGUGUUUUGCGAUAUGCUUGAUCUUGAAUGUGCAUCUGACAGGGGGAUCAAACAGUGCUAUAUUUUUCUUGGCGCCUGUUCUGUUGUUACUCAACCAGGAUUCAGAUUUCUUUGCUGGAUUCGGUGAUAAGCAGAGGUACUUCCCUGUUACUGUUGCUAUCUCCACGCACUUGGUGUCGACUGCUGUGUAUAGUAUAUGGGAAGAUGUGUGGCAUGACAAUACAGGAUGGGGCGUCAAUAUUGGGGGACCUGAUUGGAUCUUUGCCGUCAAGAAUCUUGCCCUCCUUGUACUAACUUUCCCAAGCCACAUCCUUUUCAACCGUUUUGUUUGGAGCUAUACGAAACAGGCUGAUUCAAGGCCCUUGCUUACCAUACCGCUUAAUCUACCACCAAUCAUAAUGACAGACAUUAUGAAGAUCAAGAUAUUGGGGCUUCUUGGAGUGAUAUAUUCCUUGGUUCAGUAUCUAAUUUCGAGACGGCAAUAUCUUUCAGGGCUGAGCUGCAUGCGCAUGUGGAAGCAAUUGCAUUGAAGAUAAUUCAUGGAGAUGACGACGUGCCUCUUGCCUGUAAUAUGUACUGAGUGACCUAGGUUGCUCGCCAACUCUACUUCAGAUGGAAGAGUAGGAAAAGGGUCAAUUCGAUUUAUACAAUGAAGACAAUUGCGGGUCCUGCGUAGUUCAAUCAACUGUGGUGAUCUUCCCUCUCACCCUACCACAACUCUCAGUCUCUCCUUUUGGUCGCUCUUUUUAUGUGGUAGUGAAAAAUGGAAUUAGUAUACGGAAAGAGAGUGGAGAAAGUCGCUAGAAUUAUCGAAAAAUAAGGCUGCAGCUUGCAGGUUUGGUUGUAGUGAUGAUCAUUGCCCACCUCCUCCUUUCAUCUACAUUGAAAAUAUGUAGAUAUAGAGCAUAUCUGACAAGUAAAAUAACAUCGAUUUGAAACAA